AUGCAUAGAAAUUUGAAAGAUCUAAGAGAAUUCAUAUGUGUAUCCCGGUUAACUGUACAGGACAGUGAUGAAGAACACGCAGACAUCACUAAUUAUUACAAGGACACAAACGAUGAUGGCAACAAUCUCUCAACGAGAAAUUCUUUUUUACAUUCACCAGAUUCCGGCAUUCAGUCAUUGACCAGGAACGAUCCAACUGAUGUAGAUGUAGAGAACGUUGGAGUAAGGGACAGGACAAAUGUUAAAAAAUCAAUCCAAAAGUCUCGUUUUUAUGCUCCAUCCAAAUCCUCAAACAACACACGACUGCCAAAAAUUACGACAACCAAGAAGAACCACGUAGAGGCUCAAAGUAGUGGGGUUCAGUACACUGAUGUAGACAGCACUUUGAAAUAUUUAGACUCAAAUGUAGUGGCAGGUUGGUUGACGUCUUGCAACGACGAAAUCCACAAACUUACAAACUGGUUAGCAUCAAUUUCAAAUUUUUGUAAUUUUGUUAGUUUCUGGUUGUCAGAGUGCAAGAAAGAAGACAAAAAAUGUCUGAUACAAAUGGAACAUGAUAUAAUAAUGGAUGAGAUCAGUUUUGCAUUUUCAUCUGGCGUGAACAGCAAAACCAUCAGCAAACACCAGACUGCUUAUCUGCUCAAACAAAUAUUUCACGAGUACCCAGACAAGUUAUUAUCAAAUAACAAACAUAACAAUUUAUUUAUUGAUUACCUUGUGACGCUCACAUCCAAGAAUAAAAGUUUAUACAAAAAACUUCUUUCCGAUGUCAAAUGUAGAAGUAGUGUCAAGCAGUACAUUCAAGAUAUUUUAGCAAUGAGAUGUUUCUGCCUAAUAAAUCUCUGGUCUGGUGUCGUAUCAUUCUUCCAUCAACUACAAAUGACUGAAAACGAAAAAGAACGCAGAACAAGGAAAAGAAAUGACGGGAAGAAAACAUACAACUUCGAUGCUGGCGGAUCAUCUGAUGAUGGUGAGGAAGAUGAUCUUGCUCAUGGCAAACAUAAAAAACACCAUACAAGCAAGAAGAUCGGCAACGAGCCUAGUAACCGAAACAAAACGCACAUGCUGCCUAUGAGGAAAGACCACAAAAACUUGUUACUGUCGGACGAGCAACUGAACGUUGCCAGACUUUUCUCGGCAGUCAAAUCGUCACUUUGGGAUGUUGUUUUGUACAUGUUGAACACAAAAAAAGUUAGUUUGUAUUACAAAGACGAAAGACGGAAAAGUUUAUUCUUCCACGCUGUUACCAUGAACAAUUGUCAAUUUUUGAAAAUCUUGUUACAUCUGCUUUUCGAAGACUUCAAAUUUGAAGAAGCACUAUUUGAUGGUGCCAAUAAAGUUAACUACGAUGAAAAUGGCGACGACGACGAUGACAUUGUUUCCGAGAAACAAAGAGCAGGCCAACGAGACGACACCAACAGAGUUGGAUGCUGGCAGAUGAUAUUGAAUGAAUGUGCAGACAAUGGUAACAGCCCACUACACGCAGCAUGUAACAUGGGGAGCACCGCUUGUGUGAGAGCCUUGCUGACGGAGAGUAGAGGUUACGUUCAUGUCGACCUUCAGAACAAAAUGUGCGACGGAGCCACGCCGUUGCAUUUGGCCGUCAUGCACGGGCAGAGAGAGAUAGUGCAACUGCUGCUCAGUCAUGGCGCCAAUGUGAACGCGAAGAUGUCCGACAUGGACGCUCUACAGGUUGCUCGGUCAUUUUGCACCAACAACAAGGAACAUCAGCAACAACGGGAAGAAUGCAUGGAAGCGCAAACACGUUGCCAGAUAAUUGAACUGCUGGAGGAAGAGGCUACCGGCCACAAAUGA